UGGGGAGAGACAGACUCCAAGAGUGCAGUUCAUUUCACGUGUCUUUAAGUCAUUGUCUGAUAUUAUCCAGAGCUGAAUGUGUGAUUCAUGCUUACUACUAUAUUCUUGCUUUGCAGUUCUUACACAAUUUUUUUCUUAUUUACUUCUAUUAGUAAAUAAAAAACUUAUAAAACUGUCAUUAUUAUAUAACAACUAUACGUAUUAUGAUGUUAUUAUUUAGUUAUGUUGUUGCUUGGUUACAUUUGAUGCCUCCGCACGUGGGAAGCUACCGGUUUGAAAGAUGCGGCUUCACUUGCUUUUCUGCACCAAGAUGGCAAGAAUCAGACGAAUGGAGAAAGCUGUUUGCUGGAGCGAUGACAGAUACUGGGCAACUUGGGACAAGUGGGGAGAGGUGAUUGACUGGGGAGAUGAGAAAGAGCUGUGCUCCCCAGCAGAAUCACCUUCUGACCAGGCUGACAGUUCCACCGAGUCACAUUCCCGAAGGCGAAUUGCCAAGGCAGUUAGCUGGACGGAUGAUGCUUAUUGGGCAGCCUGGGACAAGUGGGAAGAGAUCAUCUGCUGGGGUGAUGAAGAGGAGUGCUCCCAAGUAACUCCACCCACUAGCCAGCUUGGGAGGGAUAAGGGGAUAGAUGUACAUGGGUUGGAGGCUUUUGUGAUGAAUAACAGGACAAUCUCCAUAAAGCCUGUAGACAACCAUCGAGACAGUCUGGAGAUAGGAGCUGUGCUGGUAGACCUCUGCCAGUUUGAUCUCGAAUAUUUAGAUCAAAGUAAAUUUGAUUUUGAAAUUGUACAAGUACAAAUUGGAGAAGUCAAAGUGGAGGAGACUAGAGAAAAGGCUUUUGAAAAAGCAUUUGAAUUGGAAAUUGUGGAUGUGGCAGUGGAAGUUAUAAACAGUGAAUUCCAGCUGAAUGCUAUAAAUUUGGAUAUUGUUGAAACUAAGGUGGACAAAUUAUUAUUGGAAGAACUGAUCGUUGGCGAUUUAGAAGCAGGCAAUGUGAAGGUGUCAGUAUCAAAUGGCAAUGUGGUGAAGGUACCCUUAAGGUACCCUUCACCACAGAGGAACAGAAGGACCAGGCAACCUUAGACCAUACUCUCUGGUGGUUGACUCGUGGCAACUGGACUUGUCUCUGAAAGUUAGAAACGUUUCGCUGCUCAUCCAAGCAGCUUCUUCAGACUGAGGGAGGUAGUAAGUGUCCACAUAUUUAUCCUCCUGGGUAAGUAGUAUAAGGGGGCUCGUUGAGUGAAACAAA